UUCAUGAGAUCGUGUCGAGUGUUUCCAUGAACCCGACCUCGUACAAACGAAAACUGAAUCCCAGUCGGUUUCAUCCCCAGUCCUCUCCGGUCUCCUCCAAUUCUAUCGAGACUCGCAUUUUCUUCGCAAGUCAGCUUCUGGUCAACUGUAGGAGAAAAGUCGGCUGGCACACGAUGCUCAAGAAACUAGGCAAACUCGGUUUCCUGUGUGCUGACACAAACGGAAAGUGAAGGGUUUGUUUCUUUCUCCGUUAGGGCUUUUCUUCUUGUUGAAGUCGAGAAUUAUGGAAGUAACGGCGGGAGGUGGCGGUGAUGAGGGGUUGAAAUGCCAGAAAAUUAGUGCUGGAGGAAUGUGGAGAUGUAAUCUGAUGGCUUUGAGUGGAAAAACGCUGUGUGAAAAACACUAUUUGUCCGUUCAAAGAAGUGGAGAGAAGAAAAGGAUGAAGGAAAUGGCAAGUGAAGAAAAUGGUGGAGGUUGGAAGCGGAAGCUAGGUGGGGAGGAAAAAGGGAGGGAUUUUGAUGGCAAUGGAAGUCAAAUGGGGUUGGUUGUCUGGGAGAGUGGAAGUGGAGAAGGGGGUGUGAAGAAGAGAGGGCGACCAAAAGGUUCGAAGAAUAAGGAGAAAAAGAAGGUCGCUGAAGGAAAGGAUAGUAGAAAGAAGAGUGGUAAGAGGGGGAGGCCAAAGGGCUCCAAGAAAAGGAAAAAAACUGGUGUCCAGUAUGAAGUUGAGGCAAUGCAGGUGGAGGGUGGAGCUGGGUUGGAUGUUGUUGAGAGGAAAAAUGAGGACGGAGGGAAGGUAGUUGGAACUAGUGAAGGAGUUGGUACAGCUGGGGUUCUGCAGUCUGUGGGCAAUGGUAAUAAUUUUCUAGGUUAUCAUGGUGUGGAUUUGAAUGAUGAUGUUGUUAGAAGUGUGGGUGGGAGAAUUUCUGAGGAUUUUAGUGGUUUAGGAAAUGGAGGGGAUGUAAUUAUCAAGAGGAAUGAUGGUUGUGGGCAGCCAGAGUUGUCAAAGAGUGACAAAGAAAUUUUUAUGACCAAUGGUAAUCAGGGACUGGCGGUACACACUUAUGAAGGUGGUAAUGAAUUCGGAGAUGCGGCUGUAAAUGGCAGAGUAAAUGAGACUCAAAAAAGUCGUUUUAUAGAAGGUGAUAUUUCUCAUGGUACUGCUGGCAAUAGUUCUCCUGUGCAGAUGAUUCGCCGGAUUGGUAGGCCGAAGGGUUCCAAGAAUAAGAAGAAAACAGUCAAUGAAACUGGAAAAAGUGAUGGUAUAGAAGCCAAUGUUUCUUCUGGUAAUGCUUGCAUAAAUGGUGCUGCUGUGCAUAUGGUUUGCCGGAUCGGAAGGCCAAGGGGUUUCAAGAAUAAGAAGAAAACAGUCAAUGAGACUGAAAAUGGUAUUGGUAUAGAAGGUAAUGUUUCUUGUGCUAAUGCUGGCAUGAAUGCAGCCACUAUGCAGAUGGUUCGCAGGAUCGGUAGGCCAAAGGGCUCCAAGAAUAACGAGAAAACAGUGAAUGAGACUAAAAGGGAUGAUGAUAUAGAAGGUAAUGUUACUGGUACCGCUGGCAUAAUUGCUGUUCCAUUGCAUAUAGUUCACUGGGUCGGUGGGCCAAAAGAUUUGAAGAAUGAGAACAAAAUAGUGAACGAGAUUGAUGACAUAGAAGGUGAUGUUUGUUGUGGGAUUGUUGGGAAAAGGGUUGGUUCUGUGGAAAUGGUUCGCCGGAAGGGAAGGCCCAAGGGAUCCAAGAAUAAGAAGAAAACGGUAAAUAAGACCGAAAAGAGUAAUGGUGUAGAAGGUGAUGCUUCUUCUGGUAAUGAUGGCAAAAGUGCUGGUCCUGUGCACAUGGUUCACCGGAUAGGGAGGCCAAAGGGUUCCAAGAAUAACAAGAAAACAGCAAGUGAGACUGAAAAGAAUGAUGGUAUAGAAGGUGAUGUUUCUCGUGGCGAUACUUGCAUCAGUGAUGCUCCUGUGUCAAUGGUUCGCCGGAUUGGAAGGCCAAAGGGUUCGAAGAACAAAAAGAAAAGAGGAAAUGAUAUAGAAAAGAGUUAUGCCAUAAAAGGUCAUGUACCUUGUGGUGAAAUUGUAAAAAGUGCCGCUCCUGUACGAAUGGUUUACCGGGUUGGAAGGCCAAAGGGUUUGAAGUACAAAAAGGAAAUUGCAAUUGGGACUGAAAAUAAUCAUGGGAUGGUAGAUGCUAUUGCUGCAAAGAAUAGUGGUGGAAAUGGGGCUGUGAAUCAGAGGGGUGGUCGAGGAAGGCCCAAGGGUUCAAAAAGUGGAAGUAAAAUGAUGCAGGCAGCUAAAAUUGACCAGAAUGCAGGUGUUGGCUUUGCAUCUAUUACCGAUGGAGGAAAGAGUAACGAUAAAGGUGGAGAGGAAAUUGCUGAAGGCAAGGAUCAUGGUAGAGAGAAACACACCUUAUCUGGGGAUACUAUGCAAGUUAUAGAUGAUGCUUUUGCAGUUGUUGGUGAGCUAGACGGAAGUAAAAAGCUGAAAGAUAGUGAUGAUAGGCCAAAAGGUUCUAACAACAACGAGAAGAAAACCAUUGCAGUUGAGACACAUAGCACAAUCCCAUCUGUUAUUGCUCUGGGAAUUGGGAAUUGGGUUGGACUUGCCAAGGAGGUUAGGAGGGGCCGGGGCCGGCCGAAGGGUUCAAAGAACAUGAAAACACAUGCAGCCGACGAGGAAGGUGUUGAUGUUAGUGGUGGCAGCAUAAAGUGGAAGGAUGGCAGAUUGAAGAAGUUUAAGAAAAAGCAACAAUCAAGUAGUUCUGGUGACUUCUCCAUGUUCUCCAAAGAGGAAGUUCUUGUCUCAGCAAAGGAUUCUGGAAAUGUGUCAGCUAAAUUUAACAAGGGUAGAAAAAGACCUAGAACAAUAUCAAGGACGGACAUCAACGAAAGCUAUGAUUCUGCAUGCAUGGGAGAGAAAAUACCAAAUUGUGAUGUGAAAAACAACAAGUCAAUGGUCUCAGCAAUGUUGGAUGCCACUGUACGAAAGGAGCAAAGCAGGUUGAUGUGCCACCAAUGCUUGAAGAGUGAUAAAGUUGGUGUUGUCAUCUGCUCAAAUUGCAAAAGAAAGCGCUACUGCUACGAGUGCAUUGCAAAGUGGUAUCCUCAGAGCAUGAAAGAAGAAGUUGAGAAAUUGUGCCCGUUUUGCUGUGGAAAUUGCAAUUGCAGAGCUUGCCUUCAAGCAGAUGUCCUCAUAAAGGGCUGCCCAAAAGAAUCUGAUGAGAACAUUAGACUGCAAAGAUCUCUGUAUUUGCUAUUCAACAUUCUGCCUCUCCUUAGGCAUAUACAACAAGAGGAGAGGACUGAGCUUGAUGUUGAAUCCUACAUACGUGGUGUUCAAAUGAAUGAAGAAGAUGUGGAAAUGGCAGUCCUUGAAGAAGAUGAUCGGGUAUAUUGUGAUAACUGCAAGACAUCCAUCGUCAAUUUUCAUAGAAGCUGCCCCAACCCUGCCUGUUCUUAUGAUAUCUGUCUCAAUUGUUGUUAUGAACUCAGAAAAGGUCUUCAACCAGGAGGUAUUGAGACAAAACCUAUUCCCAGGUCUGCUGUAACAAAUUUAGAGGAUAGAAAUUCUUCAAAUGAUAAGAACCCUGUGGUUACUUCGAUAAAUGGGCUUCUAGACAACAUGUAUUUUGACUUACCCAAAUGGGAAGCUAAGAAUGACGGGAGUGUACCAUGCCCUCCUAAAGAGCAUGGUGGUUGUGGGACUGAGAAUUUAUUACUGAGACGCAUUUUCAGUGCUAAUUUGGUGCAGAAUUUAAUUAGGCAGGCAGAGGAUUUUACUUCCAAUUACCAGUUACCAGAUAUAGACUUAUCCAAAAAAUGUCCAUUGUGUUUUGCUACCUCUUCUGCCCAAGAUGGUAGUGACUUUUCCGAAGUAAGACAAGCAGCAUGCAGGGACUGCAGUCAAGAUAACUUUUUGUAUUGUCCUAAUGCUAUGGAUCUCGGAGAUGCUGAGUUUGAACAUUUUCAAAUGCACUGGAGAAGAGGUGAACCUGUCAUUGUUAGAAAUGCACUUGCGAGGGCUUCUGGUCUUAGCUGGGAGCCAAUGGUUAUGUUGAGGGCUUUCAGGAAUGCAAACAAAAAAUUGAAACAAGACACUUCCUGUGUGAAGGCUAUUGAUUGCUUAGAUUGGUGUGAGGUUGAAGUCAACAUUCGCCAGUUCUUCAGAGGCUACUUAGAAGGGCGCAGGUAUCGAAAUGGGUGGCCUCGAAUGUUGAAAUUAAAGGAUUGGCCACCAACUGAUUCUUUUGAAGAAUGUUUACCAAGGCAUGGUUCUGAGUUCAUGGCUAUGCUUCCCUUCAGUGAUUAUACACAUCCUAGAUCUGGCCUCUUGAAUCUUGCUACAAAGCUUCCCGAUGGUGCCUUAAAGCCAGACUUGGGACCUAAAGCUUAUAUUGCCUAUGGAUAUCCACAAGAACUCGGAAAAGGUGAUUCUGUUGCCAAACUGCACUGUGACAUUUCUGAUGCGGUGAACAUAUUGACACAUGCAACUGAGGUGAGGACUGCCUCAUGGCGAAGCAAAAAAAAUGAGAAGUUGAGGAGGGGAUCUGACGUUGAAGAUACAAGCAAGUUUUCUGAAGGAAUGCAUGCAGUGCAGAGUGCACUUGAAACAAAAUCAACUGACUGGCUUCAGAAUGAAACCUUGGAGGAUUACAGUUAUGGAAGUAGUGCUGACUAUGGCAACUCUUGGCCAUCAGAACAUCAAAUGGAGGAAAAAGAAAUGGAUCAAGAGCAUACGAGGAGGUCUUUACCUCAGAUCACGUUCGACCCAAAAAAGGAGGCGUCACAUAAGUUGCAGUCCGAAUUAGAGCAUCCCCAUGAAGGCAUAUCCCCCAGUAAUGCCAAUGCCGAAUCUACUGGACUUAUGACAGUGGCAAAUCGGAUGUAUGACCUUGAUGAGCAAAUGCCUAAGGAGUUCAACAUGUUGCCUGCAAAUGCUAGUUUUAGGGCUUCCUGUUCCUCGGGGUUUCUGGAUUUGAGAGACAGUGGAUAUAAUGAACAAGAACCAGGAAGAACUUGUGACAUGGGAGCUGAAAGUCUCGACAGUACUUUUGACUGUCAUCCUCAUGCAUUCAACUACAUUGAUGCUGCUCAAUUUAAUCUGUCCAAUUGCUUAAACCCAAAUUCACACAUCAACGGCGGAUGUGCCAAGGCUUCUCAGCUGGAUACUGUUGCUGAUACGAUGAGCCUGGAUAACAGUAUCUCAGCUCAAACGAGAAGAAAUCUUGCCAUGCCCAAAGAUCAUCUUCAAAAUGGCAAAAGUUCCGAAGACAUUGCACAUGGUGCUGCUGUGUGGGACAUCUUUCGUCGGCAGGAUGUGCCCAAAAUAACUGAAUACUUGCAAAAGCAUCAAAAAGAAUUUCGCCAUUAUAACAAUUCUCUUGUGGACUCUGUAGUACAUCCUAUCCAUGACCAGACUUUUUAUUUGGACGAGAAACACAAAAGAAAACUGAAGGAGGAGUUCGAUGUUGAACCUUGGACAUUUGCACAACAUCUUGGUGAGGCUCAAGUGAGAAAUACACAGUCCUGCACAAAAGUUGCUGUGGACUUUGUAUCCCCUGAUAAUGUUCAAGAAUGCAUCCGAUUGACACAGGAAUUUCGGUUGCUUCCUCAGUCUCAUAGAUCUAAGCAAGAUAUAUUGGAGGUGAAGAAGUUGGCUGUAUAUGCUGCAAGUGCUGCUAUUGAUGAAGCCAGAAAUCUGAUGUCCAAAUUUGAAGAGAGUGGCAACAUCAAGCAAGCUGUUGCAGUCGAGAGCUCCAGCUGAAACGUAUAUCUAUAGAACAUUAUACUACUUGAGAGCAACCAAUAGGCUGAAUUUCUCUCUCGACAUUCUUUGGGUACCCGCUGGGCAGAGGAUUCAUUCUUGUCCUAUGAGCACAUACGAGGGAUAGAUGGUCCUAAUGUUUGGGAAUGAGUGCUGCAAUACAAAGUGCAAGAUGAACAAAUAGGUUUUCUGUAGCAUUUUGUAAAGUGGAUUAUGUAUAAUGCAAGUAUUAGCUUCUUGUUUUUGACGUGGGAAACUUUUCUUUCCAAGCUCUGGAGAAUGUUCUCUCUAUUACAGUUGAUAUUUUUGUUGCUGCA